AUGGCAUUCGCGGGAUUGAAGAAGCAAAUUAAUAAAGCCAAUCAGUAUGUCACGGAAAAAAUGGGAGGCGCGGAGGGCACAAAAUUGGAUUUGGAUUUUAUGGAUAUGGAAAAAAAAACCGACGUUACAGUGGAGCUAGUAGAAGAACUUCAGGUCAAAACCAAAGAAUUCCUACAGCCUAACCCUACGGCACGGGCCAAAAUGGCCGCCGUGAAAGGGAUCAGUAAACUUAGUGGCCAAGCUAAAUCGAAUACUUACCCCCAACCAGAAGGUGUACUUGGAGACUGCAUGUUGUUGUAUGGUAGGAGACUAGGAGACGAUAGUAUCGACAUAAUAAAAAAGAAUGAUACCAUAAAAGUGAACAAACAAAUCAAUAUUCCCAACCUCAUAAUUAGGCCUAAAAGACAACAAAAUGUGGAUAAAACCAAACGCGAUCUGCAAAAAUACAUUAAACCUGCUGAACUAAAAAUAUGUGUAACUGGGACAAGAAGCACAAAAAAUGGAAAUCUUCUCAUUAAAUGUUCAAAUAAAAAGGAUAUUGAGACACUUAAAAAAGAAGCUGAAAGCAAACUACAGGACUAUGAAGUACAAAUUACAAAAAUGAGGAAACCUCGCUUUAAAAUAGUCAAUUACACAAUAAAUAAUGAAGAUGACUUAAAUAAAGAUUAUGUUGAAUCUCAUAUACGUGAGCAGAAUCAUUUUAUAAACACAGAUGAUGAGCUAGACGUAACAUUUCUCAAGAAAAAUAAAAAAAAUGAUACCUACACAAUACUUGGAGAGUGUUCUCCGACUCUAUUCCACAAAUUCAUGAGUAUCAAAAGGAUUUUCAUUGGUUGGGAACGCUACCCAAUUUAUGAAGACAUUACCAUUCAACGGUGCUUCAAGUGCCAAGAGUUUUUCCACAAGAAUGAUGAAUGCACCAAAAGAAUCAGAUGCUCAAAUAUUGCAGAUGAGGAGAUCAAAACCUCAGAAGAAAAAUUCGCCGAAUCUCUGCAUCUAGCUCAAAUGGGAAUGUUCAAUUUAUUAGAAAAUGAUGUAGAGCAAAUAUCUCAAUUAGCAACAUUCGCGGAAGGUUUAUUGGAUUAUCACAGUCAGUGCACAGAUGUUCUAAAAACCCUCACAGAAACACUACAAGAAAAGCGAGAAGAAGCAGCAAGUCGUCCAAAAGUGGAGUUCGUACCUAAAACACUAUCGGAUUUGAACAUUGAAGGAGUCACUGGUAUUGCCGACGGAUAUAACGGUACUAGUUCGCUCCAUUUUAAUGAGUUUAAUAAUCACAAUGCCGGUAAUCCUUAUAAUCAAAAUUUUAAGAACCCGCCCAGCAAUGGGGCCCAUCAAUUUCGAAGGCCUGCACCUAAAACGGUGCUCAUAAAACAAAUGCCACCACCCGAUCCUUUCGACUCCUGGAUUUUUCCCCAAGCAUCUCCAUUGCCGUCCCCAAUGAAAUCACCUGCCAGGACCCCUAUGACUCGACAACCAUGUUGCGUGGCUCUCUAUGAUUUCGAUGCAGAAAAUCCAGGCGAAUUAAGUUUUAAGGAAAACGACAUAAUUACUCUUCUAAACAAAAUUGACGAAAAUUGGUUCGAAGGCAGCGUUGGCGGCCGAACCGGCUACUUCCCAGUCAACUAUGUGAAAGUUGACGUAGCCCUUCCAUAA